AUGGGAGGCGCAGUUAGCUCGGGUCGUGACAACAAUGAGCUGAUAGAUAAUUUGAUGGGAGGAAACUAUAUUCGCACACGAUGCGUCGAGAGAGUAUUUCGAGCCCUAGACCGAGCCGACUAUAUGACGCCAGAGGCACGGGAUCAAGCUUAUAAGGAUCUAGCCUGGCGAAAUGGACCUCUUCACAUGUCAGCUCCUUGUAUAUACAGUGAAGUUAUGGAAGGUUUAGAGCUGAGGCCAGGACUCUCAUUCCUAAAUGUUGGGUCAGGUACGGGAUAUCUGAGCACCCUUGUCGGACUCAUAUUAGGCUCUGGAGGGAUCAGUCAUGGUGUUGAAGUACACCCAGUUGUAGUGGAAUAUGCUAACAAAAAGAUGAGCCAGUUUAUAGAAAACUCACCUACAUUAGAUGAAUUUGAUUUUUGUGAACCGAAGUUUUAUUAUGGUAACGGCUUGUGUCUCGCUCCGCUGCAGGCGCCCUACGAUCGAGUGUACUGCGGUGCCGGCUGCCCUGACGAGUAUCAGAACUACUUUAAGCAACUCAUUAAGGUGGGUGGUUUGUUGGUGAUGCCGUUGAACGACAACUUGCUGCAAGUGCGGCGCGUGGGUGAGACGGAGUGGGUAUCGCGCAGUCUACUUAACGUAUCGUUUGCGUCCCUGCGCGUACCCACAAAGGAUGAAGCCAUCGACCUCAUCAAGCUCGAGGAGCAGACGCCCGUGCGGCUGCAGGUGCUGUGCCGCGCGGCGGUGCGCGCGGGCAUGCGCGUGGGGCUGCUGCGCCGCCACCCCGAGCUGAGGGAGCCCCCGCCGCGCCACCCGCCCGCCAAGAAGCCCUGCCCGCGCCGCAUCUGCAUACCCAUCGAGGACGACAGCGACGUCGAGGGCCUGAACGCGCUCCACGAUUUGGACGCCGCGGACGGAGCCCACGAGAUGAACGCCCUCCUCAGUCUCGUCCUGAGCAUGGGGCAGAACAGGGUCGCGGGUGCGCUGCGCUUCGACAGGCUCGACUCCCCGCCGCUCGACUCCUCCGACGAAGACGACGAGGACGAGCAGCGCGAAGACGCCGCCGACGACGGCGACGACGGCGAUGACGACGACGGCGGCGGCGGGCCGGGCGGAGACGCCCCCGCCGUGCCCGCGGAGCCGACGUCACCCGACCGCGCCCGACCGCGGCCGAGGAGCCGAGCGUGCAGCGAGGACGGGCGGGCGGAGGCGCGGUCUCGGCGCGGGCUGCUGACGUUCGAGUUCCGCGACGUGAGGGCCGGCGCCCCGCCCUCCUCCUCCUCCGCCCCGCCCACGCCCAGCGACACCACCGACUACACAGACUCGGAGAAACCCGACGCCGCGCCCCGCGAUGAUCCCAAAGAGCCCGACGACGGCCCCGGUGUCCCGGCCGAGGUCGAGAUCUAUUUGGGGAAAUCGAUCGACUCCGGGGCCGGGCCCUCGGGAUCCAUGGAGUGGGAGGUCGAGAUGGAGGACGAGGGGUCGAGUGACGAGGAGACUCCGGGAGACUCGUCCGGGGUCAAAGAGGAGAAGCGGCAAAAGUUGGACAGCGGCAUCGGCGAAGAGAACACGCCUACCGGCGACUCGUCGCCGACCAAGUCCGAUUCGAAGACGGACGAGUCGGACGCGGACUUGUCGCGACCUUCGGAUAGUCUCACGGACGACGUCGAUGACACCAAAGUUACGAGUCGCCGACGGCUCCAGAAGCGCGGACGGUAUUCGGGCGGCGCGCGCUCCUCCACCUCCACGGAGGGGUCGUCAGAGGGAGCGGGCGGGGGCGCGGGGGCGGGGGCGGGCGCGGCCGCAUGCGGGGAGCGGCGCCGCUGCAAGCGACGCGCGGGCGAUGCGCCCUCCGCCGACGCGCGCCGCGUGCGACUCUCUAUACUCAUGAAGCGCGGGGUCAAGGAACUGCCGCUGCCGUACGCACUCAAGAAGUACGUCAACCUCGGACGCUGCUUCGAAUUUUAA